AUGGAUUUCGAUGAAAGCGAGCUUUUUGCAGGGAGGUCCAUUUUGGACACUGUUGUUCCCUUUGCGACUGAGGUGCCAAUAGAAGAGACAAUAGCUUCUUCCUUAGAUGAUGCCGUACAGUCCUCGCUUCUCACUUCUAUCCCACAGCGGCGCCUGCUGUUUUUUGAUGAGUCUCUCACUGUCUAUAUUGUCCUUCAAACUCCGUAUAUACCGGAGAACAAGCUUCGUUCGUACCUGUCACGGCUCAACCUGACGUUGGAAGCCCACCUCGUAAACUUGCAGCCAAACCACCAUCAAGAAGGAUUAUCCCAUGGAAUAGCAAUUCAACAAAAGGAGCUCAUCUAUUCCGGCGAGGUGGAGCAAUCGGUCGACCCCUUGACAAUCGUUGAACGCUCCGCGGGUGGCGCAGAGGAGGCCAGUGACCGGAGUAUAUUCGUUCUUUGGAAGAAGAGCAUUGUUUUAACCCGCCCGAGAAUUCGACCUCAUUCUCCUAUGAUUUAUCUCUCAGCAAUUGGCAGUUUGAGGCCAGUUGAUAUAUCAGACAACAUUCGAAAUAAUGAGGACUACCUCCCAAGUGGAGUCCCUGUGGACUUAAACUUGUUCGAGUCGUUGAGAAAUGACUCUGGAACUGCCGGCGCACCACGCCUUUCUGCCACGAGAGUGUCUCGUGUGGCACCUGUCUCUCGCCCAUCACGCGGAGUUGUACGGCAACUAAUAAAUAAUCCACGUUCGUUCCCAGUAGUCCCGGCCAUGACCUCCCGAGUUAGAUACUCUAAACUACAUCCACAACUUCCCAGACCAAUAAUUAUUGCGUCGCUCAGUUUCGAUAUAGCUCCGUACGCUGAAUAUGAGAUACGAUUCGAGAAAGUUGACGUUGAUCUCAUUGGGGGUUCGGCAGAGGCUCUCGAUCAUCCAAACAAGGACGUCAUGCCUUUAAUUUGUCAUGCGAAGGAUGAGGUUUCGUUUCUCUACCGUCUCACCUCGGAAAACAGCUUUGGCAACUCUUCUGAUCCUUACUCUACUGUGAGAUCUCUUGAGAUAACCGUGAGCUCUGUUGCUUUGGUAUCAGAGGAAUGUCGCCCAAGGGUUACAAUGAAAUGGAAGGCCACAGUCGAUUUCUCUGUUCCACUAAAUCCCACCCUCGGUGGUCAACAUCAAUUGAUGCAGUCCGUCCAUCGACCAAGGAGCGUCCCUUCUGCACCAAGUCUGGCAGCGACGCUUGCGCAAGGUCCCCUCGGAAAAGUCCCUACUCUCGGGCCAGAUCCAUCCGAGACAGUGCAGCCUCCUUGGUCCACUACAGCUGCUUCCCUUGGACUGAUCUUUACAUUUUCGGGUCCCGAGAAAGUCUACGUUGGAGAGCGAUUCCGAUGGGACAUUGUGAUAGUGAAUCGUUCAGCGAAACCACGAAAAUUGGCAUUGAUGGCAGUUCCGCGGCGAAGGAAGGGGGAUGUCAAAAAGCACCUUGCUCGGCCUUCUGGAUCAUCGUGGAAUGAUCGGCGAGAUAAGCCUGUCACAGACGCUGUAGCAGACGAGAAUUUCGUUUAUGCGCUACAACGGAAUGCAUUGACGGAGCCGGCAGAUCUUAUCUGCUUAAGCACCGAAGUUCGAGUAGGACCGCUCGCGCCUGAAAGUUGCCACAGCGCAGAAAUGCAGUUCCUGGCCUUAGCUGUAGGACCGUUGUAUGUUGAAGCGAUUCGGGUCGUGGAUUUGAUAACGCAAGAAGCUACCGAUAUCUGGGCACGCGAUUUACCCAGCAUCGCAUCCUUUCAACGAAAAGAUUCAUGA